ACAAGUGACUUCCUUGUUUGUCUGACUGAUUUUCUCUGCCUCCCUCUCCUCAGACUGACAAUGGCUGAAGCCCAGCUGUGUGGAUUACAGGACGAGUUCACCUGCUCGGUUUGUCAGGACACCCUGACUGACCCCGUCACCAUCCUCUGUGGUCAUAAUUUUUGUCUGAAGUGCCUCACGGACUGCUGGGAUCAGAGCCAAGAGUGCAGCUGUCCUCAGUGCAGACACACCUUCACCACAAGGCCUGAGCUGAACAGAAACACUCUGCUGAAUGAAGUCAUCAAGAAAUUAAAGAAGACGGCACUCAGUUCUCCUCCAUCUCAGAAUUAUGCCGGCCCUGGAGACGUGGAGUGCGACUUCUGUACUGGGAAGAAGUUAAGAGCAGAGAAGUCCUGUCUAACCUGCAUGGCCUCAUACUGUGAGGCUCACCUGCAGCCUCACUAUGAAGGAGACGCCCUGCAGCACCACAAGCUGGUUGAUUCUGAUAGAAAUCUGAAGGAGAAACUCUGUGAGAAACAUCAGAAGAGUCUGGAGAUGUUUUGUAAAACUGAUGAGAUGUGUAUCUGCUUGAUGUGUGUGGUGACUGAACAUGAUGGUCAUGAAAAGGUCACGCUGGAGACAGAAAGAGAAGAAAAAGAGAAACAGCUGGGGGCGACACUGAGUGACAUCAAGAGGAGACUUGAGGAGAGAGAGAAGACACUGAAGCAGACGAGGAGGGCGAUGGAGGAGAUGAAGGUGAGUGGAAUAGGAAGACAACACUUCACAUCAAAGAGGGGAGAAUAAAUGAGAACUUGAAGAGCAGCAAAGCUUCACUGGUGAUGAUGAGUAGGGACACGAGAAGGGAGAGUUAGAGAAGACGUGUUGUGGUGUCCUUCAUGGCCUUUCACUGUUGACAGAAUCCCAGGUGUUACUCAGUGGAGAUUCAGACAGCAUCACCCUAAAGUCCUCUGAUAUUCCAUCAGCUGCUUAAAGGGGACUUAACUCUACUGACAGAAACUCACACUGAAGGUUGAUGCUGAUGUUCUGAAUUAGAUCAGCGGGCACAACGUUCAUUAAUGGUUAAUUUUUUGUUAAUUGUUUCAAGAAAGUAGCAUUGCAUGCAAUCAAGUUCAACAUAUACAUGAAAUGACUUUAAAAGUCAAACUCAAUAAUAAUAAUAAUAAAACAAAAACCAAAAAGUUAAAAUAGAAAACAGGAAACAAAAAAAAAACAAAAAAAAACUACCAAACAGGAAUUUUGGAACAGGAACCCAAGAAAAAGAGGACCAAAAAUAAUUUAUGAAAGAAAGAAAGAAAUAAAUAAAGGAAAAAGGCAUAAUAUCCUUUCCCCUGCUAUGAAUGCUUAUUCUAAAGUUGUAUUAAUUAGAUGUUACCAUGUUUUAAAAAAGCUUUGAACAGAACUUCUAAGUGAGACUUUGUUUAUUUCGAAUUUCAAAUUGUUCAGAACAUCAGUGA